AUGUACGAUUGUAGCGUCACUGAAAUUCUACGGGACUUCCCCUUGAUGUCACAUUACCUGAAAGAGCGCCGUCAGAUGAUCCAUGAGUUGCGUGUCACCAUGCUUGUGGAUCUCAGCAGGAAUCGUGUCCGCUUCCGAUCCGGGCUCUUUCCCGCUGUAGAACUGUCGCAUGGCCCUGGUGGUUUCGUGGAGAGAGGGCGGGAGUUAGAGGUUGGCGUUGGUCUCCACUUGAGGCAACCGGGCGAUGGCGGUGUCGAAGAUGGUGGAGAGGCAGUUGAGGACGACUUUGAAGGGCUUGGCCCAUCGCUGUAG